GCAUUUGCUGGGAGAAACGCUGCCUGAGACGACCAAACCACUGCUGUAUACAGGGGAACUCAUCGGGAUAAACUAUCUGCAUGCUCAGACAGGUCGCAAGCUGCGAGUGUUUGCUGAUGAUCCAGAGGAGCCAGACGGUUCAGAGAUUAAGUUGGUGGAUGAAGUCAUGUCUGAGGAAGACAGGCUUCAGGAUGUUUUACUUGAGGAUGUGGACGAGGGCUUCAAUGAGGUGACAGAGGCCUUCUUGGACACUUCAUUUCAGAAGACCAGUGCACCUCAGAAGCCACCUCUGUCUGAUUCGUACUUCAAGGAUUCCUACUUCGAGGUUGUCUGGGAUACUGCUAGUGACGAGGGGGAGACUGUGGGUCCAGACGGAGCCCCUGGGUACCAACAUGUGGUCCGACUGGCUCGCAGGCUAGUGGACCUCGAAAUGAAGGGCAAACUCUGUGAUGAAGAAGUGGAACAUAUCCUACAACUCUGGCAAAACCUCUCGGAAAAAGAUAAGCAGCCCUCCUGCAAUAAAGCUGCCCCGUCUACAGGCUCCACUUCGAGCCGCGCCACAAGUACAGAAAACAUUUCCUCCUUGUCACCUGACUCCAGCCGCCUGGUAGAAACCAUCUUCAGGGAGCUGUCCACCCUGUACGGAAGCGACAAGAGGAUCAUGGGUGUGGUGAUAAACCGGUGGUCCCUGGUUUUGCGUCACUAUAAUGCCAUCAGAAACAUGGUAGUUAACCAUCCAAUUCUCAAAACCAAGACCACCCUCAAUCUGUUUGCAAUCAACCAAGUGGCCAUUUCUCAAUGGCACAAGAGGUUGAUGGCUAGAGAGGAUAUAUCUACCCCUCUGUUAACAUCAGGGGAGUCCUUCACAGUCGCCCAGGAGCCCCAGCUUGACCCCGGCUCUUCCUCUGUUGUUUGGAACUUACUGGUGACUACAGGAGAGCCUAAAGAGGCACUGUCACAAACCUCUCCUGCCCCUGCUCCUUCCACCAGCACCUCCAUGGUUGGGACUGCUGUUCUUCCUGCAUUAAUCAACAUCUCCACACGUACCCCGACGCCCAUAGCCCCAAAACGGAAAAUGGAUCAGCAGCAGGUGGAAGUUCCACCGACAACUACCUGUAUUCCAGAACAGAGAGCUGUCUCCUUCAGAUCUUGCACGAGCUGUGGGAAGCGGAGAAUUUGGGAUACAGGUCACAGAGUUCUGAGAGCUGCCAAUGGGAAGAGGCUGAGCUAUUGUCCUGUGGCAGCCAACGGAAAGGGCCCAGAGGAGUGGCUGGCCUCUCUGUAAAGAGCUUUGCUUGUGUUGAGCAUUACAAUGAGGAUCAGCAUUAUUGUGUGUUGUAGCUUUCAAUAAGCAUUUAAAAAGAAAAUGAAGUGUGGGGGGAAAAAAAUCAAGCGUGCCUUUCUCCUCUUUGGUAUCCUAAUUUUAUACAAUUUUUUUUAAUGACUACUCUGAGCAAAAAUGGACUGUAGUAAUGUAAUUUUUUGCUGAGUAAAAUCCUUGAUUACCUAUUAAGAACUUGUCCUAGUCUGAUGUUCUAGAUGUGAUUUGCUGGUGUUUUAUUUUAAACCCGUCAGUGUGAUGGUUUAAAACAGAAAGUCAUUGGUUUUUUGGAUAUCCCAGUCAAAAAUGGUGUGAAAAUGUUCUUUUUCUUUGAAAUUUUCUAUGGCAAAUAAAAUGCCAUUUGAGUGUCGAGCUGAAAUUAUGCUAUUGUGACAACACUUUUUAGUGUGGUGUAUUAUAUAACUGUGCAUUUAUUGCUUUCACUUGCCUGAACCAAUCUUUUGAACCACUCCAUUAAAGUACAAAAUAUAUAGUA